ACAGAUGGACAUGAUUCAAAGUAUUAAUACUCACAUGCAGAGCAUCGAACAAGAGACUUGCACAACAGAAAAGGGUUGUCAUGGCUUUUGAACACAUUCCUUCAUUGAUCAAGAUGCUGAUGCUAAUGCUAGCUGUUAUGAAUGUAGUCCAAGGAAAAGUCAAGCAGGAACACAAUGAGAACAUGAGCGACAACUGUCCAACCCAAGAGAAUGCCAAAUUUCCCAAGAGUGUGAUGGUUGACAUACAUGUUGGUCACAUCGAAUCGAAUAAUGGGAUUCCCUCUAGCAUUAGGAACAGAUCUCUCUCUCCAUGGGAUUACAGUAUUAAUGAGGACCCUAACAGGUUUCCCCGCAUGAUCGCUGAAGCUAACUGUCGCCAUCAUUUUUGUGUGUACCCCAAUGGGCAGGGACUCAACUACAGCUUGAGUUCUGUCCGCAUUCAACAGGAGAUCUUGGUACUCAAACGUAAGCAAAAUGGUUGCAAGCAAAGCUACUGGUUGGAGAAGCAGCUGGUUACUGUUGGCUGCACCUGUGCCAUUCCUACCAAAACUGUCUAUGCUAUGCACGGUGUUCGAAAACGCAGAGGACUGAUCUACCGGGGUAAAUGAUGAACGACAGCUGCAGGAAUUGCCAUAGAAAUAAAAAAUUAAACAAUUCAUGUGUGAGAUUUCCCCACCCUUCAAAUAUUUAAAUAUUUCAAUGUAACCUCUUCCGUGAAAGAUGACUUUAUUCACAGGAUCAAAAAUGUCUUUUCACCUGUCCUUGUGGAAGAACAUCUCUCUUUUAAAAGCUCUCAAAAGGACAUACACCCUUCUCUGUCCUGAGUUUCAUGUCCUUUUUACACCAUCCACUUGGUUUGUCUCAAACAUCUCUGUGUUGUGUAUUUUGCUUCCAAUGCCUAUGAAAUGUGAAUUGUAACUAAGGGAGAAGAAGAAUAUGCUGUCACCAGUAUUUAUAAUACUUAUUUAUGUAACUGUAUUUAUACAUCUGCAAAUCCUGAACAACAUUAUAGUUUAUUUGUAUUUAUUCAAUAAUUUAUGCUGUUAAUAAAAAGACAGAGUUACUGA